GCGUCCGCAUGUUUGCUAAAGAGAAAGAGGGCUGCCCGGAGGAAGCGUUUGGGCCAGUAUUAUGUACAAAGCCAACAAAGAGAUCAUGGCGGCGUCGUUCUCUGCUGCCUGGUUCACUGGUGUGCAAUACAACCGAGAGUUAGGUUUUAUUAUGGGAGUGGGCUGGGGUCUUUUUUCCCCCACCAAGUGAAACCGCUAUUCUAGAUACAUAUUUGGGGCGUUCUCAGCCUUUAUUAGACGUGACAGGAGAGACAGGAAGCAACAGGAUGAAGAGAGCAGCGGAAGACGUGCAGCAAAAUGUUCCGAUCCAGAUUCGAACCCGACUCUCAGCGUUCAGGCCUGACCCGACAUGAUAUUUAAAUGACGAUGGAGGCCGGUGCAGAGACACAGCCAAGUGGGGAAACUGUUGUUUCUGAGUCUGAGGCCCAGCAGAUUGCCACCCUGGCCCAGGCAUCCAUCGCUGCGGGUCAGGUGUCAACCAGCGGUCCCACGGUGACCCUGGUGCAGCUUCCCAAUGGCCAAACGGUGCAGGUGCACGGCGUGAUCCAGGCCGCCCAGCCUUCCGUCAUCCAGUCCCCGCAAGUCCAGACCGUACAGAUUUCAACUGUUGCUGAGAGUGAGGACUCCCAGGAGUCAGUGGACAGCGUGACGGAUUCUCAGAAGAGGAGAGAGAUCCUCUCCAGACGUCCAUCUUACAGGAAAAUCCUCAACGACCUCUCAUCAGACGCCCCAGCCGUCCCGCGCAUUGAGGAGGAGAAGUCAGAGGAUGACUCAGCACCCGCCAUCACAACAGUUACCAUGCCAACCCCCAUCUACCAGACCAGCAGUGGACAAUACAUUGCCAUUACCCAGGGCGGGGCCAUCCAGCUGGCCAAUAACGGCACAGACGGGGUGCAGGGCCUGCAGACGCUGACCAUGACCAACACUGCAGCGGCCCAGCCGGGCACCACCAUCCUGCAGUACGCCCAGACUAGUGACGGGCAACAGAUCCUGGUGCCCAGCAACCAGGUGGUGGUACAAGCUGCCUCUGGAGACGUCCAGGCCUAUCAGAUCCGCACUGCCCCAACCAGCACGAUCGCCCCCGGAGUUGUCAUGGCGUCCUCCCCUGCUCUGCCGGCCACAGGAGGAGCCGAGGAGGUCACGCGCAAGAGGGAGGUGCGCCUCAUGAAAAACAGGGAGGCAGCACGUGAAUGUCGCAGGAAGAAGAAGGAGUAUGUGAAAUGUCUAGAGAACCGUGUUGCCGUGUUGGAGAACCAAAACAAAACCCUCAUCGAGGAACUGAAAGCCCUGAAAGACUUGUACUGCCACAAAUCUGAGUAAAGCGGUGAUCUACCUGCCGACUUGCGCCCUGAGGAGGUCACCAACCAACCGCCUGUCCAUA